AUGGUCUGCUUUAUCCUCGCUUCUGUCUCUAGAAAAUCUAGAAGUGUAUCACACAGUUUUCAUCAGAUUUCCAAGUACUUCAGCACACUCCCAGAAGUUAAAGAUUAUUAUGCUGUUUUGAAAGUCAAAACUACAGCAUCUCAAGAUGAAAUUAAAGCUGCCUACCUUGACCUAUCGAAAAAGUACCACCCUGAUAGAUGUAUAGACGAAGGAUCAAAGAUUCAUUUUACUGAAAUAAGUGAGGCAUAUUCUGUACUUGGAAGACCAGAAUCUCGUCAAGAAUAUGACACAAAUAUGAAAAUCAGUACUUUUGGAGUUGGCAGUAGUGCUUUUCGACUGAAUUACCCGAAACCACCUCCUGAUCUUGACAAAGCUGGCCUCAGAGCUUAUGAAAAUGAAAUGCGCAGUCAGUUUCAUGGACUUUCACUUCUACAUUUUGGUUAUCACCGACAGGUGUCUAGUCAUUAUUAUCUCGUGAAAACUAAUAAACUGCCAGCUGACUUUUAG